CAGCAAUCUAUUGAAGAAGAAGAAGAAGAAGAAGAAGAAGCUUUAGACUCGGAAAACAUCAACAAAGUGUCGUGACUCGGUGGACUUGUCCUUCCUGCUUCUUCUCGCAAAGCAGAUUUGUUUGAUACUGCGACUGUGAUUAUCGUCGUUUAUCUUGUAAGUCAUUAAUAAUAUUAGCAACGUGAUCGUUAAUUGCCGUUUGGGAAGCCAAGUUGCGGCUGAAGCAACGAGAUUUCAGAGAGAAAGACGAACCGCGGCUGACAUAGACAUCUUCUCUCUCUAACAAUUUCACAUUUAUUUCAUUAUUUCGCUGAUUUCUUUAAAGAAAAAAACAGCUGAAGAAAAAUUCAGGUGGAAAAUAUAAAAACGGAGCAAAAAAAAAAAUUACGCAAUUAAAUUGAGAAGAGGUUUUAAUUAACGAAAUUGAUUUAAAACUUGUCAACAAAAAAGUGAGAAACGAAAAAUCCAGAAAAGUGGAAAAAGAAGAAGCAAGAAAUAAUCAACAACUGCGAAAGAAGCGAAAAGAAUCGCCACGAUGGCAGAUAAUCAGUUUUCUGAAUUGGAUGACGAUUUAACCGGUUCUUGGGUAGAAUUAUGCCACCAGUCACUGCCAGCAGAGACAGACACAUUUUCUGAAUCUAUUCAUAAUGGUAAUAUGGAGAAAUUGCUUAUGGAAGCCCAGCAGGAAUCAUGUUCUUCUUCACAAGCAAAUAGUGCAGUAUCAUCUAACAGAGGCAGUCCCAAGAUUUCAAACAGUCCUAAGGAAUGGGCAACCCAUGAGAUGAGUCAGGGAGAAUCUGUAGGGACAGAUUGGAUAUGGGAUUGGUCAAGUAGGCCAGAAAUUCAGCCUGUUGGAGAUUUAAGUGGAUAUUUCAAACACCCACGCCGCCACAGACUGAGUGUGCGUAAUACCAAAGUGUUGCGUAAUGGUGUGUUCUGUAUGGAAAAUCUGCCAACUUUAUUAAUAUCCCAUGCUUGUUCAUUUGUUUUGGGGGCAGCAGUAAUGUUCAUGUACUUGAAGAAAUAUUGCAACUGGGCAGCUGUGAUUGCUCACCACGCUUUGGAUUGAAGUGCAGCAAAGAGGAGAUUUUUUCAAUGGGGGGGGGGGUGAAAAAAACCAACAAAAAGAAAACUUGAAGUAUGCACCUACAAAUAAAAACAAACAACACCAACAACAGGCCCGUUGCAUAAACUAAUUUAAACAAUAUCAGGUUCCAUACAAACAGAGAACUGCAUUUUUUUUUUUUCCGUUAUAAUUCUCAUUUUUAUUUCUUUUUGGCUUUGGGAAAUUAUUUUAACUCCACUCCUCUCUUUUUUACUCUCUCUUCUCUGUUUUAUGUUUUUAAACAUUUUUCUUUUUUUUUUUUUUUUUGAAACUUUAAAAACAGAAAUAAGGCCUGCUUUGCAGCUGGGUUUUUUGUCUUUAUUUUUGUCUUAACAAUACCUUAUUAUUAUUAUUAUUUUGAGGGCUGUGGAGAUGGCCAAAACAGAAGAAUGCCGGGCUGGUUGCUUCAGUACCUCACUGUUCUGUGUUCAAAUCCUGCCGGAGUCAACUUUCUGCCUUUCAUUCCUCCAAGAAUAUAUGCAUCAGUUUAUACACUAAGGCCAAUGUCAUAUUAUUGCAAGGUCCCCUUCUUUGUAAAAUAGACCUCCAGCAUUGUAAAGAAAGUCAUUUUUUUUUUGAGAAUUUUUAUGGCCAAAGUUAGGAAUUUUUCUGUAACUUAGGUAUGUAAA